CUAGUUUUUAGGCUUUAUUCUGCUGCUAGAAUGAAUGUAACAGAUUGAUGUUAAUUUUCCGGGGCGUCCCUUAUUGGCCUACACGUGACGUUCAGGAGGGGGGCGUUGGAGCCGGUCCGGUGGCAUUUUGAUCCUCAUAUAACAUUUUCUUUUAUUAUUAUCUCGUUACAGGCGCUGUUAUUGUAUCAUCGCCCUCUCUAAUAGGCUCCACGUUUGUUUUCGUAUCAUCGUUUAUUUGUCUUUCAGUCUGACUGUCUGCAUCACAGGGUCCUCCCCCUCCUUCCCCUCCUCCUCCUCCUCCUCCUCCUCCUCCAUCCCAUCCCUCCUCCUCACAAUUCCCCGGUGCUGCUGCUGCUGCUGCCUCCGUGUCCUCCGUGCGGCACAGCGCGGCCAUGGUGGACUCUCCCAGCGCGAUGAAAAAGACCUUUUCGGGGCCGGAGAUCAAACCGCUGGACCAGUACGACUUCAACCGGGCCAAGAUCUGCGCCAGCGUCCGGUGGCUGCUGUCGAAAUCGUACGGCUCUGCAGAGAAUGUUCCCGUGGAGCUCAGAGAGCCGCUUUACAGGGACCAGUAUGAGCAGGAGCAUCUCAAACCGGCCGUCUGCAAGCUGCUCCUCUCCCAGGAGAUCUACUGCCGAGCUCAGGCCCUGCUGGCCCAGGCGCAUGGGGUCUCUCUGCCAGCGCCGCAGGGGUCCCCGGCUGACAACUCGGCCCUGCUGCAGUUCCUCAUUAAGAAAGGCUUCACUCCAAAGGUCCAGGACGCAGACGUCACAGAAGAAGACCUUAGCAACGUCCCUAUCAAGACGAAAGCCCACCUCGCCCUCAUUGACUCGCUGAUGUCUCUGGCUGCCAAAGAGACAGUGGGCCGCGUGAAGAUGGCCGCGGAGGCAGAGCAGAUGGGCGUCGGGGAUCCGUGGGAGAACGCUCUGCUCUUCUGGGUCAACAGGUUGAACCAGAAGCUGAGAGAAAGCACAGAAGAAGAAGAUCCCCCCAAGUCACAGACAUGCACAGACCUGCAAUCUGUCCAGGAAUCGUGUCAGUCCAACCGCUGGUACUGGAAACUAGUCCCUCAUGCUAUCGCUUUUUGUUUGAAGGAGUCGGGGAAUAAGCCGCCAGUGAUCCGCUAUAGGAAGGAUAAAGUGCAGUCUAAGCUGACUCCUACCUUCCCUCUGGUUUCUGCGGUCAAAGAUCUGUCUAAUGGGUGUGCAAUAGCUGCUGUGUUGCACUUCUACUGCCCCAGCUUGCUGCCUCUUGAGGAUGUGUGUCUGAAAGACACCAUGUCCGUGGCUGACAGUCUCUACAACCUGCAGCUGAUCAAGGAGUUUUGUGAGAGCAGCCUGCAGAACUGCUGCCCCCUCGCUGUGGAGGACCUGCUCUACGCGCCACCGACUCUGCACCUCAACAUCAUGAGCUUCAUAGCGGAGCUGCUGGAGUGGUUUGAGGUUAAGAAGCCUGAUUUCGUUCAGCCCAUACAACCCAUUGACCUCACAGAUGUUUCAGGGUUACUAGACUGCACCAGUCCUCUCGGUGGAAACAGCAACAGUGGUUCCCCUUCACUUAUCUUCAAGCAACCCUUUGUGCCCAUUUCCUCCCCAGUGUCACCUGAAAACAAAAGUUGGACAAAGAAACAAAUUAGUCGUCCUCUGUCAGCAGUGACUUUCAGCAUCCCAUUUGGCCUGGACAGUGAUGUUGACAUUGUCAUGGGAAACCCAAUAGAUUCUGUCUUUCGCUCCGUCAGCACUGACAGCCUCACCACCGGCAUCCCCGCAAUGACCUCACCGGUGACUUCCGCGGGGAUGACGCGUGUCCCGUACAGCCCUCCGGAGGACCUCAGCCACCUGGUCAGCUCUUCAGCCCCAACACAGCGGUCUUCCUGGGGCCCGUAUGCGCACACAGCACCACUGGGAGAGCUGCCAACCAUUGAGGAGGCUCUACAGGCGGUACAUGUCCCUGGCGGCAAAGAUCGGAAGAAGGGAAGGGCAGUUGAGAAAAAUGGUAGAAGCGUGUUGUCGGGUAGGCCAGAGCCGAGGUUGCGGCCAGAGGGAGCCCCUGCGGGUUUUUACCUGCACUCCCCCGAAGAAAAUAACCCACAGCUUAGUAGCUCAGCACCCUGUCGUUCUGGAGUCCUCCACCGACCAGCAGGAGGAGAACUGGGCGACACUGGAAGACAGGGUCGGGGAGAGAGGAGGGACAUGUCAAGAGAUGAUGACUCUGUACUGCGAGAUGGGAGCGUCGACUCGUCCGAAGCAUCGGAUGAUACGCCGAGAAAUGCUCCCGGUAAUAUCAGACCGAGUAGCGGCCGCCAGGGGAACCACAGCACCAGCAACAGUCCACGGAUGACGAGCUUUGCUGAGCGGAGAGACAACCGAAGAAGACAUCCCGCUGCUCCUGGCGAGGACUCGGCUUCUGCUCCGACAACUCCCGGGACUCCGCACACACCCUCCACCCCAGCGGGGGCACCUGGUCACCAGGACAGCCCAGGACCCAGAGGACCUGAACCAGGCUCAGAGGCCUGGGAGCUGGGAGCUCGACUUGAGGAAAAACGCAAAAGCAUUGAAGCUCAGAAAAGACGUAUCGAAGCCAUUUUUGCAAAGCACAGACAGAGACUCGGAAAAACUGCUUUCCUUCAGCUGAAAAGAGAGCAGGGAGAGGGAGGAGGUGAAGGAGCAGAGGAGGACACCAUGACCCUGGAGGAACGCCUCACUCACAUGGAGGAACAACUGAAACAUGAAGAGGAGAAAGAAAAGAAAGAGAAAGACGGAGAGGCAGAGAAAGAGAAGCCAUCCAUUUCCAAUCCUCCUCGAUUAGAGAAGCAGGUCACGUUCUCUAUAGAAAGUAAGAAAGGAGCAGAGAAUGAAAAGGGAGCAGAGAAACCAGGUGAAGCUGUCUUUGUGGAAUACAAUGAAGUGGUGCAGAAACUGAGUGAAGCCCUGCAGUCACUACAGAAGGACAUGCAAAAACUUACAGAACAGCAGCAGCAGCUCAUGACCAACCAAAGACCAAGAAACACGCCCAAAACGACUCCAAAGUCAGCACCUAGAGUUAAUACCAAAACCCCUCCGCACACUCCAACAAAGACACCACCAAGAACCCCGACAAAGACUCCUUCCAGGAGCAAUAGCAAAGCUUGGGUCAUUCCUUCUCCUCCCAUUCCUCCCACUGCUUCUUCCCCAUCACGCCGUUCUCACGCUCUUUCCUCUUCCCCAAAAACUAUAAUCUCCUCCUCCUGCCCAGCUCCUCGCACUAAGAUUCACUCUUCCGCGAGCCCUCGCAGCCCCAAACACCACGCGCGACUCCAACAUCAACCCCACCCACGACCAUCUGAACUCAAGUUCCCCCCACUCAAUCGUGUCCUGACGCCGACCCACAACGUGGACACGCUCCCCCACUUGCGGCGCGUGUCCCCGAGCAAGUGUCAGGUGCAGACUACCUCCUCCUUCCGUAUCGGUGGGCCACGGACUCCCCAGGAAUGUCCUCAGACUGCCCAGCAACCGCAGCCUGACGAGAACACCUCAGACACAGGCUCCAGCGAGACACCCACCCAGUUCAGCUUGGAGCUGGAGCAGGAGGAUGCGGAGGCUGUUGGGGGACUGCCAAUCUUGACCCAGCCCAGACAGGAUCACCCGAGGGCGGCUGGUGGCAGUAGCUCUGGUGCUCCUUCCGAGUGCUCCUUUGGAAGCGAGACUUUGUCCCUGUCUGCGGCGUACAGCGCAGCAGGAGAAGGCGGAAGAGGUGCAGGUGCAGGUGCAGGUAAGCGCUCCAGCAUGCUUGAGGUGUCGUUGUCAUCUCUCGGAGGACCAGAGGGGGGCAGUGACGAGCCAACCGAUGAGGGGCAGGAGUUUUCCUCCGAUUCAAUGAGCGACCACACAGAAUCUGCCAUGGAGCCCGCUAAAGAAUUUGUGGCAGAACCCUUUGACCCUCUUGAGCAACUGAACCUGGCCACAGAAGCAGCGGAUUUGCCAGAACAACAAACUGAAUCGAAAGAAGAACAAACAAGACGGGACGAGGCUUUGGAGCCAAGCGUGGAGCAGAAUGAACCAGGAGCCAGAGGAGGAAUUGGAUUCUUCUUCGUGGACGAGGCACAAAGUGAGGAGGAUAUGGCCCAGCGUAGAGCCAUGUUGUUGGAACGGCAGCAGAAGAGAACGGAGGAGCUGAAGAAGAGGAGACAGUGGCAUGAGCAAGAAAGAGAAAACAGACCAACAUCCUCCGACAAAAGAGUGGCCUCUCCCUGCAAUACGCCUCCCGCAGGCACAACCUCACCGUCCCCCACACCCCCGGCUACUCCGGCUCGUCGUGGAGAUUUCACACGAGGGGAGUACGCUCGGAGGCACCAGCUCAGAAUCAUGGAGGACCUGGACAAAGUGCUUAAGCAGAAAUCAUCCAAUCAGGGUCGAUCCUCCACUAAGAAAGCCCGCUCCCGGCCUCGCAGCAUGACCAGGGAGGAGACACAGCUGUCUCUGAGUCCAGCCAAAGGAGCAAUAGGACCUAAAUUGAACAAAGUCUAUUCUCACUCCUCAUUGAACUUGGCAGCCACAGGAGAACCAGGAAACAACGCAAAUGACCCCACAAAGAAACCCAGCAGCCGCCCUGAUUCUCCGUCAAGGUGCGUCACUCCGAGUCGCCUGGUCAACCAGAACGGAGAUAAGGACUGGGAGAGCGGUUCCAAUGGAAACUCACCUGCCCCAGAAUACACAGGACCAAAACUCUUUAAAGAACCAAGUUUCAAGUCCAACAAAUUCAUCAUUCAUAACGCCCUCUCUCGUUGCUGCCUCGCUGGGAAGGUCAAUGAAACGCAAAAAAACAAGAUCGUUGAGGAGAUGGAGAAGAGUCCUGCCAACCACUUCCUCAUCCUCUUCCGCGACUCCAACUGUCAGUUCAGGGGUGUUUACACCAUGAACCCCGACUCUCAGGAGCUCGCUCGGGUGGCUGGAGUGGGCCCGCGGACUCUCAGCUCCACCCAGGUGGAGUCCAUCUACAAAUACAGCUCAGACAGGAAGCAGUUCAGUGCCAUCCCCUCGAAAACCAUGGGCAUGAGCGUGGACGCCUUCACCAUCCCCAGCCACCUCUGGCAAGGAGGAGGAGGAGGAGGAGCAGGAGGAGGAAGCAGAAGAGCAAGCAUUACUAAGAAGGCGGUUAUUUCCAAGUGAGGAUGAAAUCACAACAUCUCGGUGGCACAUCAUUAAAGAAAACACUAAUAAUUAGACUGUAAUUACAGUGAACACUGUUGUCAACCAUGAAAAGCAGUUAUUUAUAUGCAUACAGAUAGUGUGUGUGCAUAAAUACACCUUACCUCUCUGGCCCUCAGACUUUAGAAAUUAGAAAUAUUAAACGGUUGUCUCCUUUAUGUACGAGUUGAAUGCACAGCUUUCAAAGAGGCACUGAUACAGGGGAAGGUUUUGUAAAUUCUUAAAUGCACAAUGGAGAGUUACUUUUAAAAAGUCUCAUUACGUAUACUUUCAUUGUUUGAAGUGCAAACAUGAAAAAAAAAAUAUUUCGAAAGAAAAUGGAACAGUUUUCGAGUUGUUUAUUGACAAACACAUUCACAAUGAUGCGAUUACGGUUUGUUUCUUCUCAGUCCGUCAAUAAAACCCUUUUUUUUUUUUACACACAGUCAAACGAGCAGUAAAAAUGCCUUCGUCUACCAGGACUUUUAUUUCCUUAUCGACGUUAAUUCUACCAACAGCUCUCGGUAGAGGUGGGUUGAAGCACAUUUUGUUUUGCCUAAUGAUAGCCAUAACCAUGUAAUGCAGAGAGAAGGUUUCCUUUUGGAACAUCUGUAAAUGUGUCGGUGGUUUUCAGUGAUGAUUGCCACAGCAUGGAUGGUUAUUUACUGUAUGUGCUAUAAGCUAAAAUAUCCAAGUGAAGACUUGUGGUUUGAUGGAACUAUGUUGACGGUAUGUGAGCAUUACAUAAAACGUUUUAUACACCGAUCUACACCAAGGUUACAUUUAGUACCCGGGUGGUUGUGCUCUUGGGUUGGGACGGGCACCAGUGGUCGGUUCCAUUUCUAAGCCAGUGACAACCUCAAAGCUCCGCUGGCCUUUAAUCUCCUACUGAAUCUUUCAUUUCUAAGUCGUUGUGUGCCUCUUUCUGACACGUCUACAGGCAUUUGCCAUGACAGGAAAAAAACAAGUUGGAGUAAUAAACAAACAAGUGCCAACUCAGGGAAAUGGUUGUUUGCAAAUCAGUAUCAUUGUUAUUAUUGGAUAUAACUAAAGUAAGCAGCAAACAUCAAUUUCCCUUGCAGGAAAAGAAAAAGAAUAUUCAGGACAUCCUUAAUGAAUUCCACAGAGCAGACACAUGAAAUAAUAAAGUAUCAUUAUCAUGCAGCAUUACGCAGCACACUUUAGUCAAAACAUCGAACAAACUACCUGAAAAGAUUCAGUAGGGGGGUUAGAAAGGAUUGGUUCAAAUGCUGUUGUAACCCUCUCCCUACUCUCGGUACUCUGUUAAACUGGUGUGUUUCAAACCAGCAGACAUGUAUAAAAAAAGCAAACUGGAUUAAACUCCACUGAUCAA